AUUAGAAUCACCUGUGCUCACUGAUUUAAACAGGGCUCCUAACGUUUGGCUGUUUCACUUUGAAGAAGACGUUCACUCCGCUCAUCCAGCUAAUGAGACCUACAGCAACUAUGACUACAUAUCUGUCUGUGGCCUUGCUGCUUUGUGCUCUGUUGCCAGCAGUGAUUGGACACUGCACCGGAGGGUCACAAACAGCAAAUAGCACACAUUGCCUGGAUGAGACGGACAAUGAGUGGCACCCCAUUGGCACAGCGUGGAGGAACAGUGCCUGCAUGGAUUGCACUUGCAGCAGUUGUUGUUCUGCGUUUAGCAUUCCCCAAAACUUCCCCGAUGAUUGUGUCUCAGUUUUCGACCUAGUGGCCUGUAAAUACAAAGUUCACAAGAAGGAUGACCCAUCAGAAGAAUGUCCCAUUUUUUCUGCGGUUGGAAAGUGAGGGCGAAAAAAAACUACACCCUUUUGUCGACCCUCUUUUUACAUUUGGAACACAAAAUGUAAUGUGCUUACAAAUGGAAAAUAAAACUUACAAUGCCU